UGAAAAUAUUGGCAAUUUGAAAGUACUGCGCACUCUGCGCAGCUCAGUUGUGGUGUUGGUGAUGAUGUAGCUAUCACCAUUUAGAGAAAAUUAAUUUUGUAUUGUUUUAAUUAUUGAAAUCUACCCAGGUUCAAUACCCAUCAUAUCCAAAGACUUUUGCUUGGUGGUUGGACAGUACCAGAGUCCAAAUGGUCUCAUCAGGAUAAAUUCAGAAGGUACCUGAAGGACAACUUCAAAAGCAUCUUAGACAGAGAAUGAAGCCAAGUUCGCAGAAAGAUGAAAAUAAGGUCCAAAUGUGAGCAGAUGUCACACAACUGUUGGAGUUAAAAAUCGUAAUGUGGUGUGGUAGCAUGAAUCAAAGAGGAUUCCAUGACAAAAAUGUGUGUGCUGAUGCAGUCAGAAGUGAAACAAAUGUGGCAGGCAUUUAAAACUGUACUGAGCUGUCACUCUAUGCGAUAAAGAGAUCAUUGUGCAGUAUGAGUUGCAGAAAAACUUUGGAAGAUCUUCCCUUGGAAGUCAUUACAGAAAUUCUUGUGUGCUUACCAGAUUCAGACCUUAUCACAUGUGUUUUGCAUAUUAACCCGUUAUGGAAACAAGCAGCACAGUGUCAGAGAGUGUGGUCUCAUAGAAAGUACCAAGUAUCUGAUGAAGCAAAAGAAGCAGAAAUUGUUGAAGUGGCUCAAAUAAUACCUCAGUUAACAACUCUGCAGUUUACUGACAUACCUGAUGGUUUUGAGGCAACUUAUAGUGAUGAAACAUUACAUAUAUCUUGCAGUUUAAUUGCAAGGAAAGAAACGAUAAACUGUCUUCUUACAAAGUGCCUCAAUAUUACUAAGUUAUACCUCCCAAGCUUUUUGCUACAAAGAGAAGAUUUUGCUGAUAUGGUAGGUAGCAUGCAAAACCUAAGGUCCUUGUUUCCAGAGAGCACAAUAGGUUACAUUGAUUCAUCCCUUGUUUUGAAGCCCCUUGCGGAUGGUGCACCACAGCUGGAAGAAGUUGAUUUCUCUAAUCAAUAUUAUGAUAUUAAGGACAUAACAUACUUCAUGGACAAAAAGGGGCCACAGUUACACAGCCUUACUAUUAAUUGGUGUACAAAUGAUGAGAUUAGUGCAUUACCAUUACUAAAAAACUGCCAACAUUCUUUAAGAAAACUUGAAAUAUGUGUCAAUGGACAAGGGACAUUUGAAACUGUUGCAAUACUUAGCACCUUAAAGGACCUUUCUGCUCUUACAGACCUCCACUUUCAAGGAGUUGCUAAUAUUGAUGGAGUAGAAAUAACAUGUGCUCUUCUGACAUCAUCAUUUACACAACUGAGAAGCUUUAGUAUUACAUGUGCAUUUUACAUACAAGAUGAUGUCUUAUUAGCAUUGUGUACCUGUUGUCCUUUGCUUCAGGAAAUAAAGCUGAGAGACUCACGAUAUAUUACUGCUAGAGGCUUAGAACUGAUAGAAAAUUGCACAGAUUUGUUAAUACUCGAUCUAUCUGGAUGUGUGCGUAUCCAGGAAUUGGGUACUUUAGAACAGUGCACAAAGUUAAAUGCACUUUUCUUAACUGACUGCUGGAGAUUACAGCCAUCAGCCUUGAUCGGUAUCUUGCAACUCAGUGAACUAAGAACACUCCGGAUUGAUUCAUGUUGUACAUUAGGGUUUCCAUUUAGCAACCUGAAGACUUAUUUACCACAUCUUGAAUUUCUUGGAAUUAAUGCAUGUUAUGGAUCCACCUUGGAAGAGCUUGAAGAACUUCGAAAUUCAGCACCUGAACUUUUUAUUUCACUUGGUGAAGAUUAGAAAACAAGCAGAUUAAUAUGAGCACUUCAGGUACACUGGAAGAAUAACAACUGGGAAAUAAUAUUUUCAAAGCUCUUAAUGGUUUUCUUCUACUUAUCAUCAGAGUUUUCCACCAAGAAAAAACUUCAGCACCCAAAAUAUGAUUAAUUUUGUAUUAGUAGAGUUCCAACAUUGCAUUGACAGAAGGUCCUUUAUUUAAUGUUGCUAUUUCUUUAAUUUUCUGUCUUAGUUGUGCUUAUAUCUGAGGUAAAUUUAACUAUUUUCAUUAUGCCUAAUGACCAUUAACUCAAGUAUGAGUGAAACUAAGGCAGAAAAUUAAAGAAAUAUUAAUGUUGUAUUAAUUCAAUGUACACAACUUAAUACUGAAUACUCUUGUGUGCAUUGCCAUAUGUCCUUCAUUCUUGUACUGGAUGUACUUCUGCUUGCCGGGCGAGGUGCUUAAGCAUCUGGAAACAUCUCUUUGUGUGAGCUUAUUUUAGAAUGUAAACAGAAUGUUUUAUGAUAAAUAAAUAUUUUGGACUGUGAUAUAUCUGAAAUAUAUUUAAAAAUGUGUUACUGAAUUGGUAAU